AUGGAACAAACACAUGAGCAGUUCAUACAUAGCACUUUCGACCAUCUCGAUACAACAGCCAAGGAGAUUACGGCUGCUCUCACCCGUGGCAACUGUCGCCAUGGCUUUAUCGGUGGAUACGCGGUGUCCCUUGUUGGUGGAAUGAGGAUGACAGAUGACGUUGAUAUCCUCGUUGACGCAGACCCAGCCGAUGUCCGAAACCUGCUGCUCCAGGUGCCCGGGUUCCAACUCUCCCAGAGCAAUAACCUGGUUUUUACGCGCGAUCAGGGUACGAUUCGGGUUGAGAUUCUUCGUGGCGGCAGAAAUCGACCUUCGAGGCUACCCGAUGCAAGUUCCGUUCCUCUUUACCAUGUCUCCGCCAGCGACUUACCAGGACGCGUUGGCGAUGUCCCGAUCCCUAUUGUGCACCCCUCCGUUCUCGUGCUUACAAAGAUCAAGAGAUGGGCGUUUAUUGCUGAAUCCACCCGUCCCCAAAGUAACAGAAAGGCUCGCGGUGACUUUGAGGAUAUUACGGCGAUCUUGAACUGGCUUGCUCGAAAGAAUCUUCACAUUUAUUUCACGAACUACCCGGAGAAAUCAAGGGACGAUUUGCUUUCAUGGGUUCGGAAGUUGUAUGAACUACAUACUACUGUUCGUGCCCUGCUUGAGAUCACGAUGGAGGCGCAGGACUUUGCACUUAUUCGCAACUAG